AACAUCUAAAGAAGACUUGACUUAUUCAAAACAAAGUAAACGCAAUAUAUUACUCCUAUUAUUGUUAUACUUACAUGCUUCUAUAGUUCUAUGUAGUCCACUUAACAAUUUUCAGUUUUCCCUCCUCCAUAAUCCACAUCAAUGGUCGAGAAGAUUCAGAUUAUUUACAAUGUUUGAAUAUCUUGAUGCAAUAGUGUCUGCACUGCCACUGCUGCUGUGUAUUGCAGCGGUGAGUUUGUUUAGAUCAGAAUACUUGAACUACUUGAACUUGGAAAACUUCACAGAUGGGAUUAAUUCCUUAAAGGAUUUCUUGGGUUUCAUCGAAGAUUUUCCACGGUGGAUUCACUUCUACAACAAUCUGAACGCCAACCUGCAAAAACUCCGAGACAAAAACCAUAUGUUGCAGCAAAGACAACAUGAUCUGCGCGAGCAGGUUGAAGAUGAGGAGUUUCAGACGGGUAUGAGACGAAGGAGAGAAGUCGAUAAUUGGUUAACUUGUGCUGGAACUAAAGGCACAGAGGUGCAGAGGUUUCUAGAAGCAGUGACACCAAUUGAUCACUUUUGGAAGUUUUUGUAUGUAGCAUGGUUGGGAAACCUUGCUGAAAGAAAGAUUGAAGAGGUGGAUGAACUCUACAGUUCAGGAGUUUUCCCGGAGGUUCUGUUGCGGAUUAGAGAAAGAUAUGAUCUACCGGAAACGCCAAUGGUGGGUGCUGCAGCAAUGGAGAAUAUCAACAGAAUUUUGGGGUGGUUGAGGAGCGGAGUCACUAGAAUUGGGGUGCACGGAAUCAGAGGGAUCGGGAAAACUGCUGUUGUGACGCACAUUUUUAAUCUACUGUCCGAAAAUGAUGAUGUUCGUGUUUAUAUGAUCGUGGUAGGUGAUGAUUAUGGGGAAUAUCGUUUGCAGGAUGAAAUUGCAAAAGAAGUUGGGAUUAAAUUGAGGGAAGAAGAUGAACCGAAAAGGGCGGCUUUCUUGUACAGGGCGUUAAAGCAGAGAAACUUUGUGUUAAUUUUAGAUGGUCUGAAAAAACAUGUAUCAGAGUAUAAUAUAGGCAUACCUCUUGAUGCUGCAAAAGGGAAGAUGAUUAUCACUUCGAGAUCUCGAGAUGUGUGCCGAAAGACCGGUUGCCAGAACAACAUGAUUGCAAUAGAUCCACUUCCGGAUGAUGAAGCAUUGAAACUCUUUAAACGAACAGGUGAGUUCAUGUUCCAGCCCGAGUCUCCGAUGGAGAGUGUAAUGAGGAAAAUCGUGGAGCUGUGCAGGGGUGUACCUGAGAAAAUAAUCGAGAUGGGUGUACAUCUGAGGGGAGUUGAGGACGAUAGUGUCUGGCUCGAAACACUCAUGGAAAUGUCGGGAUAAUUCCAAACUCUAAUCUGUAAACUAAGUGCCGGAGCUAUUCUUAAGAUCCUCUAAUUCAUCACUGUUCGACAUUUAAUGAUGAAUCAGACUAUGUUUCCAUAAUAAGAGUUUUCGUAUU